AUGGAGACACCGACAAAGUCUCUGGCCUCAAGGCUGUCACAGUACGCCUACAGCCCCACAGCGAGCCCCUCGCGGCGGUCAACACGCAGCGUGAGCGCAAUGGUGGCGCCCAGCCCCCGGCGGACCGCGAGCGCGAGUGCGUCGCCGGCCACCCCUCGGCGGACGAAGCGGCCACGGAGACGCGACCCGUCGCCCGAGGUCAUCGAGAUCAGCGACAGCAGCGACGAGAGCGAUAGCGAUAGCGACCCCGAACCCAGAAGAAGAAUACGACAGCGGCAGCGGAGACCGGCGGCGGCGCCGAGCGCAAGCCCGCGCAAGAAGCCGAGACCGUACGCCGACCCCUCGACAUACGCGCACCUCUCGGGGCUACCGCAGAUCCUGCGGCCGGCGCUCGACCUCGUCUUCUGCGGGAUCAACCCGGGGAAAAAGAGCGCGACGGACGGGCACCACUUCGCGCACCCGACCAACAAGUUCUGGAAGGCGCUGCAUGGGUGCGGGAUGACGGAGCGGCUGUUGACGCCGGCAGAGGACGUGACCCUACCGGCAGAGUACAACUUUGGGAUGACCAACCUGAUCGGGCGCCCGACUAUCGAGCAAAGCGAGCUGUCGCCCCUCGAGAUGCGCCUCGCUGUCGCGCCGUUCUCGCGCCGCGUGGCCAGCCACGCCCCGCGCGUGCUCUGCUUUGUCGGUAAGGGCAUGUGGGACACGUUUGCCGGCGUGGUGGGGAAGACUGCGUUCGUGGCGGAUGAGCGUGACGACGCGCUACGGGAUCCGGCGAACGGCGACGACGAGGAAGUCGACGAGCUCGAAGACGACGUCAAGGACGAGGGGGCACCCGACGGCGCCGAGGCCGAGGAAGACGAGCUGGACGAGGACGUCAAGCCCGACGUCGACGAGGAGGAGGCCGCCGUUGUCAACGCACCUCGCCCCCGCGAGCCCCUCUUCCUCCCACGCGAUGAGACCCCCAUGGUCGUGACGUACACGCUAUCCAAUGGAACGGUCAAGCGCGAGCAUCCGGACGACGAGGACGAGGCCAAGCCGACGGCGGAGGAGCUCGAGGGCGACGCUGGCGAUGCUGGUGCCGAGCCCGAUGAGGACGAGCCAGAGUCUAAACCUACAGCCGAGGAGCUGGAAGAGAUGGCGAUCAACGACGCGCCGUCCCCGCUCACCGAGGUCGGCUCGCCCACGCCCCCGCCCCCGCCCAACCCGGCAUCGGCGCGCCGUCGCGCACCCGCGGCCAAGGCCCCGCCGUUCAGCUACGACGGGCCGCAGCGCUUCCGGCUCCCUGUCGACGCCGCAGACUGGAAGUACACGUACUUCUGGGUCGUGCCGAACACUUCUGGGCUGGAGCGCACGCCGCUCGCCGAGCAGAUUGUGCUCUUUGGCAAGCUGCGCGCGUUUGUCGAGCUCCUCAAGGCUGGUGGGCGGCCCGAGCCGCCCGCAGGCGGGUUUUUAGACAUCGACUUGGCUGGCGUCGGCGCCACUGUCGCUGCUAUGCGCGACGACGCGAUCGCCAAGGGCAAGAUGGCGCCAGAGUAG